AUGAAUAAACAAUUAUGUUAUUGUAAUAAAUGCAAAGGUUCAGUUUGUUCAAAAAGAACAUUUCGCAGACAUAUGUUAAAAGAGCUAAAUGAGCAAAAUGAUCUAUCUAUUAGGCGUAAGAAGAAUGUUACAAAUCAAAUUAAAAAUGAUCAUUUUGACAUCUAUUCAAAUCUGACUCCCGAGCCUACAUUUACAUCAUAUAAUGAUGAUGUUACUCCAACUUCACAUAAUAGGAAAGUUCGAUCAAUUCCUUUAAUACCCAUUUUACAAGAAACUGGUAUUUUAGAUAAUACAGAUAAUAAUUUUAUAAUUCCUGCAAAUAUUAAUGAAGCAAGAAUAGAUAAUAUGACUAUUAAUGAAAAGUCAUAUUCUGAUGAUGAAAUUGUUUCAGAGUAUGAAAUAGAUGAGCAUUAUACUAUAAAUACUAACAUUUCUACUAACAUUCAUCACAAUCCUUUAAUUCUAAACACAAAUGAAACAACAAGAUGGGCAAUGUUAUGGGUUUAUCUCUUUCAAGAUACGUUUGUAUUACCUCAAACAGCAAGUGCAACAUUGCUAGAUUUUCUUAAAGAUUUACUAGAGUCUUUUAAUAACACCACAUUUUCUGAUUUUCCUUCAACGAUAUACCGUGCUGAUCGAUUACUUGGAGUUGAACAUGAAUACAGAAAUUAUAUUGUGUGUCCUCACUGUCACCAUCUUCAUUUGCCAGAUAUUCUUAAUGGUAAUGUUCAACCUAUUAAAUGUAAUAAAUGUAAUGAAAUAAUUACUAAGAUGGUUCGGACUUCUAAAGGAAAUCAUUUAAUUAAGAUUGGUGGAUUUUCAAGUCAUUCAUCUAAAAGAGGAUGUUAUAGGUAUUUAGCAUCAAUGCCGAAUUCAGGAAGGAAUUUUGCUACUGAAGUAAUGAAUAUUAUUAAUCGCCAAUCUUUAUUACAUCAUACAAUGUCAAUUGGCAAAUCCAUUUUUUCAGAUAAAGUUAUCAAGUCUUUUAUGAAAUUACAAUCAUUUCAACAUGAGAAUAAAGGAACAAUGGCAAAGUACAAUUUCACUAUUCAAGAAGCUUUAUAUUUCAAAAGACUGCCAUUUCAAAUAAGUCAAAUGAAUAUACGAGAUUAUGAAUCAAUUCCUGGCAAACUUUUAAGUCCUACAUGUGAACUAACAAUGGAAAAACCUUUAGUUGAUUGUUUAGUUGGUUAUUAUAAACGAGUUUACGCUGAUUUAGAAUAUCAAUUCUAUUCUGGAAGUCAACAACAAGAUAGACAUGCAAUAUUUGUUUCUCCUUCAAUAAUACGUGCAUCAGCUCUUCAAAUUGCUGAUGAACAUUUUGGUUCACAAUUAUGUCGCUCUGAUCUUGCUUCUAAUGUGAUGGUUGCAUUUCUAGAUGAUGAAAAUAAUUUUCAAUACUGGCCAGCAAAUAUUCGUUAUUUUUUCAAACAUUCAAUUGUAUUACCAUAUGUUGGGAUUACAGAACAUGUACUAGCAAUGGUUGAUUGGUAUGGAAAACACAUAAAAAUUGAUCAUUUUAAUGUUUCACGACGAGGUUCAUCUAGAAUUCUUGAUGGAGUUACACAAAAUGGCAUGAGACAUGUUGAACUAUGGAAACCGCCUAUAAUUAAAAGAGUUUCAUCUGAAAAUAUUAUACCAGUUCAACGAAUUGUAUGUCGAUUUAUAAAAUCAGACUAUUGUCUCCAAAAUACCCGAACUAAUUUAGUGGCUGUGAUACCAUUAAAUAGAAGAUUUUCAGUUUAA